AUGGAAUCCCUUGCCCUCGCCUGCGUCGAUGGACCCGCCCGUGACCGGACCGAGAGCAUGUUAUCUCGCUGCGCCUCGCGAUCCCCCCACUGCGGCGCCCUGCCCCGUGCUGACGCCGCGGGCGCGGGCGGCUCAGCCCGCCGGGAAGGCGGGCUUUCCCCCCGCCGCGCGGACCGGCGCGCUCAGGUGAAGCUGCUCGCCGGUGUGUCUCCGUCGCGGCCGCGGCGUGAGUGCCUCCCCCAUCUCAUCGUCGAUACCCAAAGAGUGCUCUUGCUUGCUAAAGGCACAGGCAUACACAAAUCUUUCAUCGUGCCAUUGUUUGUUCUGCAAGCACCUAGCACUGUAAUCUCAUGGAUCAAGAGUGAAUAUGGGAUGUGGACUGCUUUUCUUGCGCUUGCAGUGCGUUUGUUCUUACCCUUUCCAGGUGACCUAGAGCUUCCGCAGUCAACAAUGCUGGCGGUCAGCGUUGCUCCUUACCAGGUGAUGAAUGUGAGGUAUGUAACAUGCUCGCCAUUCCGGAAGACAUUAGCUAUACUGCUGCAUAUGUCUUUGAUAAUUCAUCCGCUUGGUCAAUUGUCCACUAAAUGUGAAGUGGCUAAAAAGAAAGGAAAUUAACAUGUAGAAGAAGUUGAAGAACUGUUAAGCAGAGAAUUCAUCGCCUAGCUUAACCAGUGCAACGUGAAUAAGGAUUAAGAGGAUCUAGCUUAAUCCAUGUGUAUGGUAGCAGAUCAUAUAUUUUGCUUUUUUCAAUUUUCUAAAUUACAGUUUCACCCCUAGCCUCAUUUGCGGGUAAAAUGUUAUAGUUUGCGCAAGCAGCAGAUCUAGAUAAUCGUUUGUAGGGCGUGAGUUACUGGAUAGACAUCUAAUAAAAAGAGGCAUCUUCUUUCGGCUCGAUACAGAAUAUAUCAGUGCUAUUGGGUGCUCUUUGGUACUACAAUUGCCUCACCCACUCUACAAAAACUUGAGUGUAUAUGGUCUUUUGUUCUUCACUAUUACUUUAUUAAGGCUGCAAAUUUGUGAUAUGUACAGAUGAAAACACAUACUGCGACAUAAUUGAUUCAUCUGACGAUUCAGUGUUCCCUGUUCUUUUUGUGUGAACUCCAGCCAGAAAUAUUUAGCCGGGGUAUUUUUUGCCACUUAUUGUCUGUUACGGAGAGUGGGUGUUUCUAGACACAAAAUAUUUUGUUUACUGGUUUAUACCAUGGGUCAGUUCAAUCUCAGGUUAAAUUAGUCAGUGUUGAUCAAUAAUGAAAUGUAGCCAUUGGUUGAUUGAUCAUUGAUGGUACAGAUGUGCAAAGCAACAAUUAUAUACCCCACUGUGUUGGACCCAAAUACCUUCCGGAAAGAAGUUCUGAAGGGUGGGAUACUAGACAACCAUGUAAUUUCAGCUAUAUCUUUAUUAUAUAAAAUAGGUGGAAUUUUAGGUAUGUUCUGCUAUCCCCCCCCCCCUCUCUCUAAUUUGGUGCUAUUGGUUUGUUAAGGUACCUAUUUAUUUUGAGUUUUUUCUGUGUCAAACACAAAGGUUGAAUGUAUGGCUUAGCACUAACUUCAUGUGGGUUUUUCUGCUCAAGUUAUUUCAGUUAUAUGCCUCAGUUAAUACUUCGCAGGAUCUUGAGGAGUUCUUUUGUAUUGUAUUGCUUUGA